AAUUUUUUUUCAAAUCAGUACUUUCAUUCUUUAUAUUUUUUAAUAGUCGUUUCUAGCUUUUAUUCUCAAUUUUAAUUGCUUAUAUGUAAUGAAUCAUUGAAUCACUUGAUCUUUUAACAACUUAAGUAAUUAAGUUUUACUGAAAUCAUGAAAUUUCGUGCCGUGAUGAUAGAUACGGGUCCUAUGAGAGAAUUUUCAAAUAUAGUAACAACUAUUUCAAAGUUAUCCAAGGAGUGCGUAAUGAGAUUGUCCGAUGAUAAAUUAUAUUUCAUAGUUAGUGAGGAUAAUAGUGGCCCCACUCCACCGGUGUUGUGGUGUGAGAUCCCUCAAGAUAUGUUUUUCUCCGAAUAUCAAAUGAUUGGUAUUGACGAGGAUCACAAAGAUAUUUAUUUAGGAGUUGUAUCAGCAAACUUAGCGCGGUCACUUAUGACAUUAAAAUCAGCAAAGUGCUUAAAAAUUAAAUUAACAAAAAAGCAAUGCCCUUGUUUAACAUUGGAAAUUGAAAUGCCGUCGUCUACCUCACAACAAACACGACAAGUUACUCAUGAUAUACCCGUUAUUGUUGUGCCCAGGAAACUAUGGAGCGAGUUUCAAGAGCCCAGAGUCCCACAGCCUGACAUAUCUAUAGAGCUUCCCACACUAAAACAAUUACGAACAACAGUAGACCGGAUGAGAACAAUGAGUCCAGAAAUAGUUAUCAGAGCUUCAUCUGAGGGUAGACUUACCUUGCAAAUAAAAACAAGUAUGGCAAAAGUUUCCACAAGAUUUAAGGAUUUAAGAGUUGAGGCUUUUGAAGGACCGAUUGAUCAUUCAGAUUCUGAGACAGAGAGCCAAACGAAUGAAGAUAUGUCAAAUGUAUGUUAUUGUCGAGUGGAUGCUAAGAAGUUCUCCAUAUUCCUCAGUGCCGAUCAAAUAUCUCAUAAUCAAACUAUGUGUAGUAUUGUACAUAAAAAAUUGAUAAUUUUAUGUCUUCAGACUGAGGAAAAUGUGAAAUUGCAGUUUUUUAUUACUGGGAUUGUAUAUUAAUAUUAGAUAAGAAUUGUAUAUAUAAAUAAGACAAAUAAACAUGUUAUUUUGUA